GCAAGGCCGAAAAGUCUCGAAACGGUUUUGAUAUCCAACGCAGCGCUGGCAGAAAGUCCCAACGGCCCAGCGCAGAUGGGCGAUGAUCAUUGAUACAACGACUAUCGGUAAGGGAUUCCAGUGGGCGCUAUGGAGGAUUUCGUGGCAGGAUAAAACGUAUAUUAUCCUUACAAGACUGGGUCAAUUGGCCUCCCCGGACCACGUGCAAGUGGCCUUGUAUCACACCGGCCAGCUUAUCGUACUGUGUCCACACACCCCUGACUCAAUUACCCGGGGAUUUAGUCUCAGACGCUAUUUCCACGGGACUAAGAUAAAGUGCCACUGCGCGCAAAUGGGACUAGCCUCCCAGAACGCACUAUUCACCGCCAAAUACUAUCGCCUAUCAAUUGGUACUGGAAUAGCAGGAAUGGUAGACUCUACAACACAGCACAAUCCGAUAUCGCGUCGUGAUGGUUUAGACAACCCUGGUUUUCCCUCACUCGUGAUACCUCUCCGUUCCUAUCUCUCUCUGCUGAUAAGUCCCACCGUUUGGGGACUUUAUCAGUCCCCUUCUGCAACCUUUUCUUUUCACCAAGAUGAGCCUGGACAUCAGCUCAACUCUUCACCUCUGGCCGUACAAUGCGCCUCGCUAACCGUUGGGUUGUCUGGCUGCCUGCCCUGCUGCUGCUGUUGUUUACCAUAGCCGUAACGUCUUCCCAGGUGAGUUGCCCAUGUCUUCAGAUUGCCUCUAACGAUGUAUUAUUUGACCCACCAAUACAUAGGACAAAAGACCAUGUGGGCUCGCUCCAAUUCUCGCACUUGUCGCACUUCUCAAGCUCGUAAGCAUUGCACAAUGCGUGUCACUCGUGGUAAUGAGACCAUAGCCACUGAAUGAUCUACAU